UGGAUUUUGUGUAGUCAGUAGAGUACGUUACGUUGUGGCAUCAUUCUGCGUAUGAUGUCGGAUGUAAUCUGCUGGUGUAGAGACGAAGAAAUAGAGGAGUAGAAAGAGAGAGAGGUGGAAUUUGAGACGAUUCUUGAGGUUGGUCCAAUACAAAGUUACAUGAUUGUGAAGGACACCCAUUUCAGGUUUAUUCUCAACCAACGUUAUUUGUCUCUACCUAAAUUGCCUGUUACAAUUAUGCACUUAUUUGAACAAUACUGGGCACUGUUGAGGCAGGCAAUGAAACGAUAAUACAGGCUAGGCUGGGGAUUUUCAGCAACCGUUUUCACACAGUUCCGUGUGAUUUUAAUCGCAAUUUACUACACUCACUGCAAGCUACUGUAAGAGCUCCUUACUAGGUUAAUUGUUGCUAGUUUAUAUUGUCUGAUUAUAUGUUUGGGUAAUGUUAUGUAGUUGAUGGCAGCAUUUGUUUUCCUAGUUAGAUAUUGUAGCUCAUGUGCCUGGGAGUAGGACAAACAAAUAGCUUUUAUGACGUUGUCGUACAAUGCCCUUCACUUUGUUGCAUCACAGAGCUAAUAUUGGACUAUUUCGAGUCACAAUGGAGGUAACAGACUGGACCCAAACCAUGCUUCCUCUGUUGCUGCUAGGUCCAUCCUUACUAGUAGAGACCCAGUGUUGCUGUAUCUGUAACAAGACAGGCAAACUCGCAGUAGCUGUUAAGUUAAAAUGAUAGCUCAUUAGCUAAAUAAACAAAGCCAAUGGCAAAUCAUAAUGUAGACUAACACGUGAUGUAAUGUGAAUGUAGGCUAGCCUAUGGCUAUGGGUUCCUGUGACUUGGAUAGUGUUGGCCUAUUCAAACAACACUAGUAGGCUAUUACCCUAGCCUAUAACAACAGUUAUUUAGUUACAUUGGUCCCACAAACCACAUUAUGGAAAUCAGCUGACAAUGACAAGUCCCUGGCCGAUACCCUCAGAUGACAUCCUUGCUAGUAGAGGAGAGAGCUCUAUCCGCAGCAGAGCUCUAGGUGAAUGUGUCGGCCUAUCUGUGUGAGAGUCAGCAUGUAGCCUAUAGUCAUGUGUGACUGUGUGUCAGUCUCUGUUGAACUGGUUCACUGUGGUUUGAAAACAUAGUUACACAACUAGGCCAAUGACAUAACACUGGCCUAGCCUAUGGUGUGAUGUGUGCAACAAGACUUCAGCUGGAGUUCAUAAAUUUGUUUUCCAGAUUUCAGCUAAACUGAAUGUGUAGGUCUACACAAAUGUUUUGGCAUUUAGAUAGGCCUUAUGUCUCUUACCUGUUAGUAUGAUUAGGGAAGUUGUUCAGGCUAGCCUACAUAUUGGAUUGGAUUCCUCACCAUGUUCGUUAAAGACACGUUACUGUACUGUGUAACAAUGACAUGCCAGACAUAGUUUCAGCUCCAGGUAGGUCUAAUGCUUGUUGUGUUCUCCGACUCAUUCACCUCUCAUCAGGGCUGGGUCCUAAAUGGCACCCUAUUCCUUAUAUAGUGCACUACUUUUGACCAGGGCCCGUAGGGCUAUGUAGGGAAUACUAUGGUGCCGUUGUUUUGGGCUGAAGCAUCUCUCAUUUGCCUGCAGUAAAGACAGUCCACAUUGUUUCUAUGUUCAACCUGAGAAAGUAGCCUUCUGUGUGUCAAGUCGCCACGUUUUAUUGCUUCCACGUAGCCUACUCAAGCUGUGAUCUGAUUUCGGUCUAUAUGCAUCGUUGACGUGUGUGUGAGUUUCUCUCUCCCUUAUGUGCGUAUUGUGUGUUUGUGUGGGAUUGUUACUAGUGUAGAUUUUAAUGGCAGAUUACAUAAUCUAGACUAGAGGAGGCCAUCAUAAAAUCUCACUGUAAUGAAUCUGGAGAUCACCAUCAGGCGGAGCCUAGGGGGUCAGGGGGAGAGAAAGGGGGCGAUGAUUGGUGCAAGGAAGGGCAGCGAGGAGGGACUUUAAUUAAAGUGGCAGUAAGAGCAAAAUAAAUAACAAUAUAGGGAUGAGGUAGUUGGGUGGGCUAAUUUCAGAUGGGCUGUGUACAGGUGCAGUGAUCGGUAAGGUGCUCUGACAACUGAUGCUUAAAGUUAUUGAGGGAGAUAAGUCUCCAGCUUCAGAGAUUUUUGCAAUUCGUUCCAGUCAUUGGCAGCAGAGAACUGGAAGGAAUGGCGGCCAAAGGAGGUGUUGGCUUUGGGAAUGACCAGUGAGAUAUACCUGCUGGAGCGCAGACUACGGGUGGGUGCUGCUAUGGUGACCAAUGAGCUAAGAUAAGGCGGGGAUUUUCCUAGCAGUGAUUUAUAGAUGGCCUGGAGCCAGUGGGUUUGACGACGAACAUGUAGUGAGGACCAGCCAACAAGAGCAUACAGGUCACAGUGGUGGGUAGUGUAUGGGGCUUUGGAGACAAAACGGAUGGCACUGUGAUAGACUACAUCCAAUUUGCUGAGUAGAGUGUUGGAGGCUAUUUUGUAAAUGACAUCGCCGAAGUCAAGGAUCGGUAGGAUAGUCAGUUUUACGAGGGCAUGUUUGGCAGCAUGAGUGAAGGAGGCUUUGUUGCGAAAUAGGAAGCCGAUUCUAGAUUUAACUUUGGAUUGGAGAUUCUUUAUGUGAGUCUGGAAGUUGAGUUUACAGUCUAACCAGACACCUAGAUAUUUGUAGUUGUCCACAUACUCUAGGUCAGACCCGUCGAGAGUGGUGAUUCUAGUCGGGUGGGCGGGUGCUAGCAGCGUUCGAUUGAAAAGCAUUCAUUUAGUUUUACUAGUGUUUAAGAGCAUUUGAAGGCUACUGAAGGAUUGUUGUAUGGCAUUGAAGCUCGUUUGGAGGUUUGUUAACACAGUGUCCAAUGAAGGGCCAGAUGUAUACAAAUGGUGUCGUCUGCGUAGAGGUGGAUCUGAGAGUCACCAGCAGCAAGAGCGACAUCAUUGAUAUACACAGAGAAAAGUGUCGGCCCAAGAAUUGAACCCUGUGGCACCCCCAUAGAGACUGCCAUAGGUCCAGACAACAGGCCCUCCGAUUUGACACACUGAACUCUAUCUGAGAAGUAGUUGGUGAACCAGGCGAGGCAGUCAUUUGAGAAACCAAGGCUAUUUAGUCUGCCAAUAAGAAUGCGGUGGUUGACAGAGUCGAAAGCCUUGGCCAGGUCGAUGAAGACGGCUGCACAGUACUGUCUAUUAUCAAUCGCGGUUAUAAUAUCGUUUAGGAUUAUUGAGAAGGACAGAAUGCAAUGGUGCUGAUCUUCUGAACCUGAGAUCUGAGCCUGUAUUUAUCAAGCGUCUCAAAGUAGGAGUGUUGAUCUAGGAUCAGUUUAGCCUUUUAGAUCGUAAUGAAUCACAUUAUUAUGGACAGGCAGGAUCUGAUCCUAGAUCAGACGCUUCAUAAAUACGGGCUCUGGCUAUAUAACGUUUGAAGUUGUAUUAGUCCUAUGUACGGGAUACACAUGGUAUACACUGUCUAACUAAAUUCUUAUUUAGGACCCCUGCAUGUCUCUUCCCCCAGUAAGCUAUUUCAGAUCAAAGGAGAAAAAUCACACAGGCACAGCCAAAGUUUUAAUCGUGGCACAGGACCUGAGCAAAAAGAGAGCCUAUAGGUGGUCUAUCUUUUCAGGCUGUAGCAAUAGAAAGAGAGUGAAUCUCAGCUCACUGUUAGCAUGAUCUUCAUUGAGUUAACCUGCUGUUGUAUCGCUAGCUUUCUUUUCACCAUGGUAAUCUUGGUAUUUCAGCCCCUCUGUGAGUGGUUGCUAUCCACCCAGAUUAAAGACAGUCCCUGAGAUUACCACUGGAUUAUGCUCUCUCUCUUUGACUUUCAGUCAAAUCACUCUGUUUGUAAAAGAUAGAAUUAGGCUGGUGAAGUCCAUGUCACGAUGAAGUCAUAUGAUGUCCUCUCCGUACUACCAAGGAGCCCACUACAAUGCUGACGACACUUUGGCGUCACACGUCCACACUCACUAAAGCUUAUGCUUUCUGUAUAGUUUUCAUAUGCAUUCUCAGGGUAGUGAAGCAGCCCUCCCUAUCCUGUCUCCCACAGACAAAAUGGCAGUGUACGAAACCAUACACCAGAUGUCCAACCCAGCAAAUGCACCACUACAUUACUACUACCCAGAUCUCUGUUACCAUAUCCAGGCUUAGUUUAGGCUAUGUCCCAAAUGGCACCCUAUUCCCUAUAUAGUGCACUACUUUUGACCAGGGCCUAAUAUAUAAUGUAAUUUGGGAUGCAUCCUUAUGUAGCUUAUACUAACAUUAGGAGUGUUUUCAUUUGUCUGUGGCUUCUUUGAUGUUUUGACAUAGUAGCCUAACUGUUACAAAGAGUGUAGGCUAUCGACUUGGCUAUGGAGCAGUAGACUGUAUCGAAUUAGGCCUAAUGCUGUUCCCCGCACAGAAAAUGAGGCCGUAUAGAAUGGAUUAGGCCCAAUUAUAUAGCCUAGUGCAGGGAUCAUCAACUAGAUUCAGCCACGGGCUGAUUCUUUUCUUGAGAGGAUGGUCGAGCGGCCAGAACAUAAUUACAAAUAAUUUGUAAACUGCAAAUUGACCGCAAGAAGCCCAAACAUAUAUAUUUGACUAAAACAGUCAUUUCAAAUCUUGCUUAGAUUUGUAUAUGAUCACAUCUCUCUCUAUGUGUGGAAAUACUUUGGAAAAGAUCUCCAAAAUUAUUUGGUGGUGUUUUUGCAUUCUUUAGUGUCCCCCCAAAUAAAUUCAACUGUGGGCUGCCAGUUGGGGGAACCCUGGCCUAGUGUAUAACAUAAAAGGUGAGCUGUAAUUCAACAACAUAAAGUUGUUGGCCUACGCCGAGGCUAUAUGUUACCUGUAGUUAGUCUCUAUGUAUAGGUCACUCAUAUCCAGUUCUACUGGUGACAUAAGCAGCCUCAUUCCUUACCCCUCUUCUUACCCUCUUCUCUCAAGUCUGUCACUUGUUAUACAGGAGAGUGACUGUGAGGCUUAGGUUCCUCGUCUGAUUUUAAUACAGCACAUUUGAACUCUGCACAUAGACUAUAUCUUGUUUUGACUGCCUUACAAGGGCAGGCUGGCCCAGAGAGAAGCAGAAGUGAGAGGGACAUCAUACACACUCAGCAGUCGGUUGGUCAGAGAUUAGUGGUAGCUUUUAUUAUUACUUGUAUUAUCUGCUUUCAGCAAUUCAUCUACAUAGGAGAGCUAUGUGUUAAUAUCAGAUAGCCUAAGUACCAGUGAUUACACAUUUUCAGCGCUUAGGUCAUUGUGUUGCCAUAGAAUGCUCGGGCAUUGUGAUGCAACAAACAACUUCUAGAAUUUUCUAGGGAAUUAUGACCAACUUGUUUAGGCUUACACCAUGUUGAAUGCUACAGCCAGCUGGCUAGAGAUUAGAAGAGUAGAAUCUUCCUUCCUUCUGGUCCUGUGUGUCUCAUUUGGUAAGAGUAUGGCACUAGCAACACCACAGUUGUGUGUUCAAUUACCACAAGGAUCACAUACUUAUUCUAAAAAUGUAUACUCUCACAGUACUAAAACUCACUUUGGAUAAAAGUGUCUGCUAAGUGGCAUAGCAUAGCCUUUUGCAACAGCACACUUGGCAUCUCUGCUCUCUUUUCAAGAAACUACCCUUUGGCUUUCACCAAUACCUAAGCAUGUUUUAGACCUAGGCAGCGUCCAAUCCUGAAACGGCGUGAUAGCCAUAUUGACCUUUGAACUCUCACCUCUUGACCUCAACAGGAGGGACAUGGCCCAGGAGACCAACCAGAGCCAGGGGCCGCUGCUCUGCACCACGGGCUGUGGUUUCUACAGCAACCCGCGAAACAAUGGCAUGUGUUCGAUGUGCUACAAGGACUUCCUCCAGAGACAAAACAACAAUGGACGAGUCAGUCCACCAGGUGAGUAGGGAGGAAAUACCACAGAGCUUUCAAAUAUCUUAUUAAUGAUAAUUGAGUUCAUCAAUCCAACAAGUCCUCUUAGACGAAAAUAUUGACACUGACCCAUUUGACUUUUGACUGAGUGAGCACGAUUGCUGAUGUUUGGGACUUACUAUUUCACAAUGAAGAAGUCAGUUUACAAAAAAAUGACUUAAGUUUGUUUGAAAGACUAAUGAUGAUGACAGUAACUCCAGACAGUGACUGUUACUUUAGACAAUGUCUCAUUUGAGUGAGUGACUUUUGGCACAGAUUAUCCAUUAUUGAGCAGAUACUCAAUGGAAAGAAAUUUCUUUAAAAAUGGAAGGCAGUCGGGAGGAGGAAAGAUCAGAUUGGACCAUUCUAUCCAAUGAGAGGGCAGAUACAGUGAGGGGAAAAAAGAAUUUGAUCCCCUGCUGAUUUUGUACGUUUGCCCACUGACAAAGAAAUCAUCAGUCUAUAAUUUUAAUGGUAGGUUUAUUUGAACAAUGAGAGACAGAAUAACAAUGAAAAAAUCCAGAAAAAAGCAUGUCAAAAAUGUUAUAAAUUGAUUUGCAUUUUAAUGAGGGAAAUAAGUAUUUGACCCCCUCUCAAUCAGAAAGAUUUCUGGCUCCCAGGUGUCUUUUUAUACAGGUAACGAGCUGAGAUUAGGAGCACACACUUAAAGGGAGUGCUCCUAAUCUCAGUUUGUUACCUGUAUAAAAUACACCUGUCCACAGAAGCAAUCAAUCAAUCAGAUUCCAAACUCUCCAUCAUGGCCAAGACCAAAGAGCUCUCCAAGGAUGUCAGGGACAAGAUUGCAGACCUACACAAGGCUGGAAUGGACUACAAGACCAUCGCCAAGCAGCUUGGUGAGAAGGUGACAAUAGUUGGUGCGAUUAUUCGCAAAUGGAAGAAACACAAAAUAACUGUCAAUCUCCCUCGGCCUGGGGCUCCAUGCAAGAUCUCACCUCGUGAAGUUGCAAUGAUCAUGAGAAUGGCGAGGAAUCAGCCCAGAACUACACGGGAGGAUCUUGUCAAUGAUCUCAAGGCAGCUGGGACCAUAGUCACCAAGAAAACAAUUGGUAACACACUACACCGUGAAGGACUGAAAUCCUGCAGCGCCCGCAAGGUCCCCCUGCUCAAGAAAGCACAUAUACAGGGCCGUCUGAGGAGGAGGAGGAAUGCUGCCUAUGACCCCAAGAACUCCACCCCCACCGUCAAACAUGGAGGUGGAAACAUUAUGCUUUGGGGGUGUUUUUCACAACUUCACCGCAUCAAAGGGACGAUGGACGGGGCCAUGUGCCGUCAAAUCUUGUGUGAGAACCUCCUUCCCUCAGCCAGGGCAUUGAAAGUGGGUCGUGGAUGGGUAUUCCAGCAUGACAAUGACCCAAAACACACGGCCAAGGCAACAAAGGAGUGGCUCAAGAAGAAGCACAUUAAGGUCCUGGAGUGGCCUAGCCAGUCUCCAGACCUUAAUCCCAUAGAAAAUCUGUGGAGGGAGCUGAAGGUUCGAGUUGCCAAACGUCAGCCUCGAAACCUUAAUGACUUGGAGAAGAUCUGCAAAGAGGAGUGGAACAAAAUUCCUCCUGAGAUGUGUGCAAACCUGGUGGCCAACUACAAGAAACGUCUGACCUCUGUGAUUUUGCCACCAAGUACGAAGUCAUGUUUUGCAGAGCGGUCAAAUACUUAUUUCCCUCAUUAAAAUGCAAAUCAAUUUAUAACAUUUUUGACGUGUUUUUCUGGAUUUUUUUGUUGUUAUUCUGUCUCUCACUGUUCAAAUAAACCUACCAUUAAAAUUAUAGACUGAUCAUGUCUUUGUCAGUGGGCAAACGUACAAAAUCAGCAGGGGAUCAAAUACUUUUUUCCCUCACUGUACCUGUGUGAACAACAGGCACAACUCCGAUAUAAAGUGGGUUUUUUUUCUCCCAAGUUUCCAGGAUGUCCUACUUAUAUCAGUACACUCGUAACAACCUAAGCAUUAUAAAACGUAUAUUCGAUCAAAUAAGCCAUCAUAUUUUUGGUUAAUCAAAUUCUACAAUCAUUGACCUAAAUACAAAAACUCCUUGCUUGGUGAGCAAAAUAAAAGAGGAAAACAACGCCACCUGCUGGCGAAGACAGAUUUUGUGUCUAGUUAUCACUCUCUGGCUUUGCCUCUUCCUCUCUGCUUUUGGGCUGCUCUGAUUGAAGCGUGUGUUGUCAUUGCAGUGUCGUCCUCGGCGGCGGUUAGCAGCCUGGGAGAGUCCCUCCUAGCCCAGUGCUCAGAGAGAAGUACUGUAGACGUGCCGUCAGCCAUGACCCACACAGACACAGCCACUGGGAUGAAGAGGUACAGUAGGUAUACAGCUACUCUUCUCUGAAACACGCUAUCGGCAUGACCACACCUCCACCACACCUCCACCCCACCACCACUACACCACCUCCACCCCACCACCACUACACCUACACCACUACUACACCUCCACUACACCACCACCACCACACCACCACUACACCACCACCACCAUGUCAAGCCAGCCAUACAACAUACAGUAUAUGAUACACAGCCCAUGUGGAAAUUAAUUUAAUAAACUAGCCUAUGUGAAACGUUGGUACUCCAGAUAUACAUACCCCUUUCUAUAAAGACACAUUUAUUACUGUACGUACGCAAUGGCAACAAAAAAAAAAACCAUCUAAAUGGCGAUCCUGCACACGUCUGUAUUUUUGCUACGUAACUACGUUGAAUCAUUUUGCACCACUAUUUGUAGUUCUUGCAUUGCUUACUACGUAGGGUCAAGGCUAGUAUUACAGUGGAUUCCCAGGGUUUCAUUAUUAUUUUAAACCUGGGUAAUUUAUUUCCUGUUACAAAAUUAAAAGAUGUUGUGUCAUUUAAAAAAAGCGUGUCAAUCGUUAAGGGUUUCUCUGAGGAAGGGAAGGUUAUUUUUGCACCAUGGUCUUCCUGUACCCCAUUGGAGUACAGUACAAGGAAGUCAUCAUCUCUGGUUCUGUGUCUGAAUAGUGUGAUGUCAUCUCCCUGGACGCUUCUGUCUCUUCUAUGAGACCGAUUCCACUUGACAUGCCAUGUCCGUUUCCCCCAGCGUGUGCGUUAAGACAGACGAGACCUUCUGUGGUUAUCUAAUGACCUCUCUUUGUCUACCUAUCUGUACCAUACCUAGCCCCGACCAAAUCUACAGGGACACUGUUUUCUCAAACCCACAGAAAAUAUUUGAAAUAAAAAAGAAUUGUAAAAUCACUGUAUGGAAUUUGAGUACUGCUCAAUUCUAUAUAGUCGUUACAGUUUUAUCGAUUUAAUACACUUUUUAUUGCUUCAACAGCUGCCACUAACUGUACGUCUCUCUGGAUAAGAUUGUCUGCUAAGUGACUCAAAUGUAAAUGUCAAUGCCAAUCAUUCUGACUGUGUCUGACAGUGAGGUGAAAUGCUUUGUAAUAUGAUUGCCAUAGUUGAUGACAAUGAGCCCCAUGUCAUUGGAUUUUACAGUCUGUUUUCUUCCGUUCGGUGCAUUUUCAGAAAAUUCCUGAAUGGGAUUACAUUUGAAAUCUUCAAGUGUAUCAUUUUCAUAAUACUGUAUAUAGCUAGUCUUCUAAUCAAGACUACCAACUGAUGGAUCAUGCUUUAGGCUAAUUGAACACUUUUAUUAAUGUUUUUCAGUGUUGUAUCUAGCCAGUCACUCUUAACGGCAGCACCAGCUACUCAUUCAGAAGAGAAGAGUACAGCCACGUCUGAAGAAGACCUGAAAACAGAAGAGAUACAGGGUGUGUAUUACCAGCGUGUUUCCCACAAACCUUUUCUCAUAGGGACGAGUCAAUCCUCAUUUGAGAUCUGCGUGUGUAACUCACAUUUCUGUGCAAAAAUGUCAUUGACAUGAAUGCACAAUUUACACGUUGUGGUCUCAUUGACAUCAAUGCAUGGUUUACGUAAAAUACUUGAGUUAUGCAGGCAAAUCUCAAGUUAGGAUUCACACAAUAGUGCUGUUGCCGUGCUACCCUUUCAUGUUCCUGUGAAUAGCCUGAGAGGCUGUGAGGUCUCUCUCUCACACAAACACACACACACACACUGACCAACGCUGGCUCACUACCAUGGAAACCCUUCACCUCAUACCCUCUUGCAGUCAAUCUCAGUCCGAGGGGUGGUUCUACACACAGACACACAUUGUUGUCCCAUCUCUGUUUGCUUAGAGAUCGGUAGUAGAGAAAGCCCAAAGUUCAGCCUAGGAAUUUCAGGAAGGAUUUCAGACACAAUCCUCUCCUGCUGGAUUACAGUUACACUGGUUCUCUAGUGUUUCUGUCUACUGUCUUCUAGAACUGUUACACUGGUUCUCUAGUGUUUCUGUCUACUGUCUUCUAGAACUGUUACACUGGUUCUCUAGUGUUUCUGUCUACUGUCUUCUAGAACUGUUACACUGGUUCUCUAGUGUUUCUGUCUACUGUCUUCUAGAACAGUUACACUGGUUCUCUAGUGUUUCUGUCUACUGUCUUCUAGAACUGUUACACUGGUUCUCUAGUGUUUCUGUCUACUGUCUUCUAGAACUGUUACACUGGUUCUCUAGUGUUUCUGUCUACUGUCUUCUAGAACUGUUACACUGGUUCUCUAGUGUUUCUCUCUACUGUCUUCUAGAACUGUUACACUGGUUCUCUAGUGUUUCUGUCUACUGUCUUCUAGAACAGUUACACUGGUUCUCUAGUGUUUCUGUCUACUGUCUUCUAGAACAGUUACACUGGUUCUCUAGUGUUUCUGUCUACUGUCUUCUAGAACAGUUACACUGGUUCUCUAGUGUUUCUGUCUACUGUCUUCUAGAACAGUUACUUGGUUCUCUAGUGUUUCUGUCUACUGUCUUCUAGAACAGUUACACUGGUUCUCUAGUGUUUCUGUCUACUGUCUUCUAGAACUGUUACACUGGUUCUCUAGUGUUUCUGUCUACUGUCUUCUAGAACUGUUACACUGGUUCUCUAGUGUUUCUGUCUACUGUCUUCUAGAACUGUUACACUGGUUCUCUAGUGUUUCUGUCUACUGUCUUCUAGAACUGUUACACUGGUUCUCUAGUGUUUCUGUCUACUGUCUUCUAGAACAGUUACACUGGUUCUCUAGUGUUUCUGUCUACUGUCUUCUAGAACAGUUACACUGGUUCUCUAGUGUUUCUGUCUACUGUCUUCUAGAACAGUUACACUGGUUCUCUAGUGUUUCUGUCUACUGUCUUCUAGAACAGUUACACUGGUUCUCUAGUGUUUCUGUCUACUGUCUUCUAGAACAGUUACAGUACAUACACCCAAUUCAACAUUUGUUAAAGAGGAACAUAGUUUUAGAAUGGUAGAAAAUACCCAAAAGUGUUUUAAGCUUUUAGUUUUGAAUGACAAACCAGUUGCUAAAGUGUGUGUCUGUGUGUAUGUCUAUGUGUGCAGAGCGAGCACCAUGUAGAGCAGCUGUAGAUAGUGAACAGCAGGAGCCCAGCACAGCAGGUAGCUCAGGGACUCGCCCUGAUAGACAGGCCAGUCAGCCAAUGAGAAGGCCAGGAUGGCCAGGACAGGAAGUCAGUCAGUCGCAAGAGGAAGCUAGAGGAGCCAGAUGGAGAGAAGGGUCAGUGAGGACAAUCGAGACAAAUGUCACCCUAUUCCCUAUGUAGUGCACUAUUUCUGACCAAGGCCCAUAGUGCUCUGGUCAAAUGUAGUGCACUUUAUAGCACUAUUUCUGACCAUGGCCCACAGGGCUCUAGUCAAAAGUAGUGCACUGCUGUGUGUGCAUAUAGGGUGCCUUUUGGGACGCACACAGACAGAACAGACGGCUGUCAAUGGUUAGGUCAUCAUGGCUUAUAAGCUUUUACAGAGAGGGUUGAGUGAGUUCUAGAGAUGGUGAGAGUCUGGACAGCUGCUAGCUGCUUCCCCUACAACAAGGGUGGCCAAAGCCUGGGUCGUAUUCAUAAGUGCACACCGUAGCAAAACAAGCAUUUCUUAGUGGACAAGUUCAGGUACUCCCUCCCUGUUUCGGUCCAUUUCCUUCCGUUUGGUUUCUACUGAAUCCCAAUGGCUACCUUGUCUCCUUUCCUCUACGACCGCUGGUCUUCCAUGUCAUGGUGGGUGAAAGGGGGUUGUAGAAACCCCAUCCAGUACUGUACAUAGGUAAUGAAGGAUAGGUCAUGAAGAAAGGAGUACCGUAUUUGAGAGUACCGGGACACAGUCCCAAUCUUCAGGCACCUUCUAAAAAUCGUCCCUUCAUACAUACCCAUUUGGUCAAGACUGUACAACAUGGGUUUUGUAAAAAACGUAAAAAGGACACGUAUAUAAAAAUGUUUACUUUGUUAAUAGGAGGAAAAAAUAUCAAGAAACGAACAAUAAAGGAACUGGUUAGUAUUUUAACACUUAAUUCUUACAGUUCAAUGUUUACUGUGUGUAUACAUUUACCCAAAGGCAAGUACGACUGGCAUCCUGCAAUAACCCAGUCACUUCUGUUCUGUUGUUUUCUGACUUAUUUUCACCAUUACUGGGAAAGGGCGCUGUAUUUGUGCCAGAUAAACUAAGCGUUUCUACCCAUUAUGGUCAAAAGGUGAAUAAAAACCAAAGAAAAGCAAAUGCGUCGUAAAAAUGUCUGCAUACUUUUUUCAUCCCUUUUUAUUUCCUACUGAAAAUAUGUUAAAAACAGUGGGAACAAGCAUAGUAGGCCUAGUCUGUAGCACAGUGAAAUGUAGUGCCAUCACCUGAAAAGCAUGGGUAUUGGGGAUUCCUAUAAAGCUGCAGUAGUAUUGAUGCGCUGAGAAGGCGAUACGGUAAAGUUGUUGUUCUGUGUGAUCCCUCCAGUGUCUGUAUCGGUAUCCGAGGACACGGACCAGGCCUCUGUAGACGGACAGGACAAACCCUUGGACUCAGACAAACCCAAAGCCACCAAGAAGAAUCGCUGCUUCUCCUGCCGCAAGAAAGUGGGCCUCACGGGUAAGGUUCUGACACACAUUCUCCUGUUGGCUCAGUGCAGUGACUUAGUUGUUGCCCAUUUUCUCUGUCUGUGUGUGUGUGUGUGUGUGUACUUGAUAUCCAGGAGACACAUUUGGCGAUCAGCCAUUUUUUUUUUUUUACCUUCAAACUCUGCCUUCUGUGUACCCAGGCUUCGACUGCCGAUGCGGCAACGUGUUUUGCAGCAUGCACCGGUACUCAGACAUUCACAACUGCACCUUCAACUACAAGGCCGACGCAGCGGAGAAGAUCAGGAAAGCAAACCCUGUCUGCGUCGGGGAGAAGAUCCAAAAAAUCUGAAAACGGGAUUGCCGCGAAUCGGAUCUCACCCGAAAGCCUGCGGUUUUAGAUGAACCAUCGACCACCUUUUCGUUUCUCUCUCCGUUUCCUCUUUGAUUUGAAGUUGUUUGUGUGGACAACGCUCCGUUCCUAUUGGACCCUUUUAAAAUCAUGCAUGCCAGCUACAAAAAAUGUCUUUGGAAAUGUAUUUUUACUUCCUUUGUAGUUUUAAUUAUUUUAUCCCUUAAAUGUUGUGGUUUGUGAAAAAUCUGAAGAUUUAAACUAUGUUACAAUAUUUAGAUUUUGAUUAAUUACCAUACUAAUAGGGCUAUAAUUACUUUGAGAUGGGUACUACUGGAAGGGCUGUGCUUUGCUGGUGUCAAAAAGAAAAGGAAAAAAAAAACAUGUUAAAACGCAUCAAGGAUCUUUCCAUUCCUCCUUUUGGACUGUAUGUAGCCUGACGACAGAACAGAUUUUGUUUUACAUUAUCAGCGAGAGAGAAGAAACCAGGAUUGUGGCAUACGUUUGCUCCUUUGCUCCCAGACCUUUUUGUAUAAUUGAGUCAUUUAAAGACUGUGUGUGUGAUCUGCUGUGUAAAAGAGUUUAUGUUUAUCACAUGAUUAUGAAUAGCCUGUAUGCAUGUUGUUGCCGGUUGUGAGUUUAUAUGAUAUAAGGAUUAUAUAGUUCAUUUAUGGGUGCACAGAAGUAUGACCUGAAUCUAUUGUUCUGUAUUUAUGUUAGUUUAUUCACUGUCUAAACUUUGAUCUGAAUAAAGCUUUAACACAUUUUAGAAAAUUUGAAACAUUGUGCAUUUGGUACAAUUUUCUCACAUAGAAAC